UAAUUGGUUUACUGCUGCUGUUUGCAGCAGGUGCGCACUCAGUGCUGAGUAAAGUUUUAAUUUAAAAAAAAAAAAAAAUCACUCAUCUUUGCGUAAAAACAUCUGUCAGAGUCCAGAAAAUCCUCCUCUCCUUUCUUUUCCCUCCCUCGCUCUCAUGAAUCUCAUUUCUUCCAUUCGAACUAUGUUUACAGCUGCAUCCACGACUCGUCUUUUAUAUUUUUGAUAUAAGAUCUUCGGUGUUACUGUGCUGACGUCAGGAGCAAAGAGCAGCGGAGAGGCGGAUAAGCGAGACACAACCUGUGCCGGUGAGCCUCUUUCCAAACUUCUCCAGCGCCGCCAAAGAGCUCGGAGCCAAACAAAAACACCAGGGCUGGAGAUCAGCACUGCGCGCCAUGAAUAACAAGACUCUGAAUUUAAACACGAGUCCGCCGCGGGUCGGCGGCUCCGGGACUGUGGAUCAUGAACUCGUUAUCACCUCCACUUUCGGGACGCUUCUCUCUGUUGUCUACAUAAUCGGAGUGUCGGGAAACGUGUACACGCUGGUGGUGAUGUGUCACUCCAUCCGCUUCGCCACUUCUAUGUACAUCUCCAUCAUCAACCUGGCUCUGGCGGACCUUCUCUACCUCUCCACUAUCCCCUUCGUGGUGUCCACUUACUUCCUAAAGGACUGGUACUUCGGGGAUGUCGGCUGCCGCAUCCUGCUCAGCCUGGACCUCCUCACCAUGCACGCCAGCAUCUUCACCCUCACUGUCAUGUGCACGGAGCGCUACCUGGCCGUGACCAAGCCGCUGGACACGGUGAGGCGCUCCAAGAGUUACCGCAAAGCUCUGGCGUGGGGAGUGUGGCUGCUGUCUCUGGUGCUCACUGUGCCCAUGAUGAUUAUGGUCGCCCAGACCACUAAGAACACUCCGGACGGGGGUGUUAAAAGGAUGUGCGCACCCACAUGGGCGCCCCUGGCUUACAAAAUAUACGUGACUGUCCUGUUUGGCACCAGCAUCAUGGCACCGGGGCUCAUUAUCGGCUACCUGUACGUCAAGCUGGCUCGCACUUACUUAGAAUCCCAGCGAAACUCUGUGAUCAGCAAAGGCGGGAAGAGGUCACCUAAACAGAAAGUGCUGAUCAUGAUUUUCACCAUCGUAUUGGUGUUCUGGGCGUGUUUCCUGCCGUUCUGGAUCUGGCAGCUGCUGCCUCUGUACCACACCAAGCCGCUGAGUCUGGCCUCGCAGACACACACCUGCAUCAACUACCUGGUGGCGAGUCUCACAUACAGCAACAGCUGCAUUAACCCCUUCCUGUACACGCUGCUCACCAAGAACUACAGGGAGUACCUGAAGAACAGGCACAGGAGCUUCUACAGGUACACGUCCUCCUUUAAGCAGCGGCCGCCCAGCCUCUACUCCUGGGGGAAGUCCGCGUCCUCCAGCAAUCAGUUCGAGUUCAACUCUGAGACUCUGGUCAUGGGGACACUGAAGUGACUCGCAAGUCGAGUGUAAAAGAGGAGACAGCUUCUGGAGACAGAACCGCAACAGGGCUUGUCCGAGCCAGUGGCCAGCGGUGUUAUCCAUCAUCCAGUGGAUGCCUCAGGGCAGGGCGGGGUCAGAGAUGCCAUGUGCAGGGUCGCAGGUGAAGGACACGGUGAUGGCGUAGCGCGUCCCCCAUGUCACCU